UCAUUUAUAGGGUCUGGCUUUUUAUUGUAUAUUGACAGUAUCAGCAGGAUCACAGACUGCACGCACAGGGGCUGAGACUGCCUCUCCCGUGACUAUUAUGUGCCUUGGGCAAGAAGGGUUAAUGGCAUUCCUGCCUUUUGUAAAUGAUGACAAAGCCUUUGGUAAUGAGCUCCUUAUCACAGAAUUAGCUCAGAUCUAAUAAUGGAGCCGGCAGCAUCCUUCCUGCCUAGUCAUACGCCCUCAUUCUGAUUAAUGCAGCCGCAUAUUUUUCCAGCUUUGGAUCACCCCUUUUGCCACCAGAAUCGCUUCUGCUGCCAGCUGUCAUGCCAUUGUGUUCUGGCUGCUGAAGGAAGCACCAGCAUCCCUUUAUUAUGGGAUUAGAUUCAGGCAUCCUGAUGUGCAUAGUUUAUGCUCUGUACCACUUUACAUUGCACCAUCCUUUUUUAAAAAGAAAUAUAUAUUCCCACACCAUUGAUUUCAUGACUGCCUGCCCAGCAGUGAAAAGGUUAAGUGCUGGUCUCAGGUUACAUCCCAUCAUCCCAAGGAUUAACCGUCCUCCCACCCCUUUUCUAUCUAUCACAUCCCAGGUUACCACAGCAACUGCAACCCUAAUGAGCAGCAUCAUCUGAGUCGAUCUCGCAGCAUCAUACAGCGGGUCCCCGGAACAACCGCACUCCGCCCAAAGCCUCAGACGCAGCGUGCGCAGCCCGAGAGGAGGUAUGAUUCCUGCCUCACCAUGAAUGUAACCCUGACACCAACGCUGCCGGAGCACACAGGUACCAUGGAGCCUCCUUCUGUUAAUGUGAAUGAGACAGAAGCUUCCAAUGGCCAGGACUGUGCCCAAACGUAUGACAGGCCCCCUCCAUUGCACACAGGAGCCGACUGGAAGAUUAUCCUGCACUUGCCAGAGAUUGACACCUGGAUUCGCAGCACUUCGGAGAGGGUGAGGCAACUCACGCAAUCGGUGCAGGAAGACCCCCAGAGUAAGCACGUGGAUGUGCAUCUGAUGCAGCUCAAGGAAAUAUGCGAGGACAUCUCAGACCAUGUGGAACAGAUCCACGCCCUGCUGGACACAGAGUUCUCCCUGAAGCUCCUCUCAUACUCUGUCAAUGUUAUAGUUGAUAUCCACACGGUCCAGCUGCUGUGGCACCAGCUCCGGGUGUCUGUGCUUGUGCUCAGGGAGAGGAUCCUCCAGGGGCUACAGGACAGCAACGGCAACUACACCCGCCAAACGGAUAUUCUGCAGGCAUUCACCCAGGAAAACCAGGAGGACAGGCUUGAUGCUCUGACAGAGGUAGACUGUUCAGGUCAACUGACCAUUAGAUGCCCCACAGAUUACCUCUCCUUGGACUGCGGGAUCACAGCCUAUGAAUUAUCAGAUUACAGCCCCCGGGAAGAGGAGAACCACAUGCAACCUGCCAAGCCACUACAGGCCUGGACAUACGUCGCUAUGCAACAAGAGUUUCCAGAUCUGGUCAAGGGUCCUAGCCUGUUGAGUGUUGCCCCUGAAUGCAAUGAGCAGCUCGUGAAUGAGCAAGAGAAUGACUGUAUCCCCAUAAAUACAGAGGAAUCAGGACAGCAGCCCCCAAGAGCACUUCCUCUGGCUGAAAGUACCACCCCUAAAAGACCCCUGCAAGACAGCAGUGAUCAUGGAGGUGACUCGCCGACCCGCCCUUCGCUUCCCAAGAGAGGUCUUUUCCUAAAUGAUGCUGGCCAUUUUGGACAAGCAGGGUGUUUUGGGACAUCUGUAGAAAUUAACUUCUCUCAGCCUCCAUGUCCUUCCUCACCUCGACACCACCUAACUCUCACACUGACACCUCCAUACACUCCCACUGCUCCUACAACAUCCAGAAGUCACCUAGAGGCAGAGGAUGAAAAGGCAAGAAGAAUGCAAGGUAGCAAAGACUUAGACAGUGCAAAUCCACAGUGCCUAGACACAGCAAAGUCCCCCAGCGCAAAGACUCCCCCACAUAGAACACAAAAAGUAAACACAACAGAGAUGUGGGAAGACCACCAAACACUGGACUCUCCACCCCAGGACCAAGAGACCAGCAACUGGUAUGGAUCAGAUGAGUUCUUGGCACUUCCUUCCCACCUGCAGACUGAUGUCCUUGCCCUGCGCCUUGGAAGCCUUUCCCAGUUAGUGUCUCCUGCACCCGAGGACUCGCAGCCACCCUUUAGGGAUGUGGAAGAUUGGGAGAUCAGCUCAGGCUCUGAGAUUGGUCCCAGUUCUCCUCGUUGCCUCUCCCCCAGCACCCCCAGUGACCUGGCCUCUUAUUUGAAUAGCAGUGGCCAAUCAACACCACAGCUGGCAGGUUCAAUAAGCAGCAAACGGCAGAACAGAGCAGAACUCAUACAGAAGCUCAUGUGGGACAUACAGAGACAGGACAACGAUCGGCAUGUGUGGGACAGAAUCCAGGGAUUUGUGUCCAAGCUGGAUAAAUUUAUCCACUGGCUGCAGGAUGCAAUGGAAGCCACAGAGAACUGGACCCCUCCCCAGCCAGAGACAGAGGCCCUGCAGCUGUACCUGCACACACACUUGAACUUUAAGCAAAGUGUAGACGGUCAUUGCUCUCUGAAGGAUGCGGUCCUGGAAGAAGGGCACAGGCUGAUGGAAGUGCUGGUAUCACACAGACCAGGCUUCCAGGAGAUGCUUCAGAUGAUCACUGCCCAGUGGAAAGAACUGCAAAGGCAGAUACGGAGGCAGCAUGGCUGGAUCUUAAGUGCGCUGGAUACCAUCAAGGCAGAGAUUCUGCAACCAGAUGAAGAUGAUAAAACACAGGCAAAUGGGUCUCUCAGCUCCUUAGAAGCCCAAAGAGAAGCUGUUUCCCAGAUGUCACUGCAGUUGAGUAUCGUGCAGCACUCCCCUAAUCCUGUGCCUCCUGAAGUGACGCUCAUUGAAAGAAGCCCGAAAAAAGAAAGCAUGGAUGAGGUGGAGGCAGAAUGGCAGGACAUCUGGGACUGGCUGCUUGACAUGGAGGCCACAGUUCAAAACAGUCUAGGGUUGCUGGUGUCUGAGGAUCAACAUCUACAGAUGUGCAAGAGGUGCAAUGUGGAGAUGUCGCUUAGAGAAGACAGGGUCCAGGCCCUACUAAGUCAGCUUGAAGCUCUUAAACUUGAGGGAUCUCCACUUUCUGACGGCAUACUCAACAAGGAAGAACUCAUCCGGGAAAAGUGGGAGAUGCUGAAGAAAUCUCUCUCUGAGGCGCUAUCAGGUUCAGCCACUCAGGUUGUUCUGUCUCCUGGGAGUGGAAACUUGCUACAGCAGCUAGAUCAACGUGUAAAGGAGUUGAAAACAUGGCUGAGAGACACGGAACUGACUCUGUACAACUCCAGCUUGACGGUGGAGGAUGAGGCUGGAGACCAAGAGAGACUCCAGAGAGAGCUGCAAAGGUUCCAGGCUCUUUGCACUGACCUUCGACUACGCCGGCGUGGAGUGAUGUCUGUCCUGCGUCUGUGUCACCAUCUCAUGAACCUCAAGGAGCGCACCCCACAACAAGACACCCCUAGCCUGCAGCUGCUAAGUGUAAAUCUAGAGAGGAGGUGGGAGGCUAUAGUGAUGCAGAGUACUCAGUGGCAAAGACAACUGCAGAGAGAAGUUGGGGAUGAACAGGAAUUAGAUUUCUUUGUGGACCCAGACUGGGCAGAUCUGAGGAGCUCUGUGGUAGAAGAAGCUUUAGAGUGGGAUGAGACAGAUAUAACGGCAGAAUCAGUAUGUGGCAAUCAAGAUCCUGAGAGUCUGACAACAGAAGCUACAGCAUCAUAUGAAAGACAUUGCUCAGAACAAGCCAUCUCAGGGCACCUAAGUCACCAAAGUCAAACUCCUGUAUAUCAAGUUUACAGUUUACACAACAUGGAACUCUUCAGGACAGGCAUUGAUUCCUCACUGGGAAAGGAUCCAAAGUUAGCACCUCUAUCCUUGUCCCUUUUACAGGGCAAUACAUUUACAUCUUUGCCAGAUUUAGCUAGUGGUCCUUCCCAAGAACACAGUUUACAACCCCCAAAAACCAAAGGAGGCUCCACUGGACAUUCAGAAUGUGAAAGCGGUAUUGCUAGCGGUGGGGAAGGAGUGACUGCUGCUAAUUCAGAGGGAUGCCUUUCAUUGGAUGGGGAGGGGUUGCAAGGGAAGAAUGAGGACAUUGAGCAAAUAGUGAUCAUAGAGGAUGGACCUGUAUCAUACUCAAGAACCAAGCAAUUUGCUCCUUGCACAUUAUAUGACUGCUCUUUCUUGCAGAUAGACAGAUUUAAAACUGGUCCAAUGGAAAGAGCACAGAUAUCUAUCCCAAGCUUUUCUUUUUCAAAGAUAGCUGGACAAACUGCUGUUAACAGGACCAUGCUUCUUCCAAGCUCAAAAGACCACAGCCCAGAAGAUACAACUGACUUCCAAGAUCUUAUUGAGGUGCUUAGUGCUCAAGACUCUCCUUCUCCCUCCUCUUCAUUGGAAUCCCUCUCUGUUGCUUGUGAAGUACUGGAAAACACUUCACUCAGACGUAGUGUGUCCCUGGAGAGCUGGCCAGCAUCUUACAAAAGCAACGAGGACCUAUUCAGCCAACAAGUCUCUGCAGAUGUCACACCAGGGAGUGAACCUGGGGAAGAACUAAGCAAGCGCACCUUGGACUUACUAAAAAGGUUAGAAGACAUUGAAUGUCCAUCUGAACAAAAAAUGAAACGUAGUUUGUCUGAUGAUAUAACCCUACGAAGCGGUUCUCGAGAGACUUCUGUGACUGGGUUUCAGUCCCCACAAGACAAGGCAUCAUCUGGGAAUGCAGAUCUUGGUUCUGAACUGACAGAACUAAGUAGUAGUGAAGAAUUGUCUUUAAAGUCGGAGGACCUAGCGGUGCUAAAAGGAAGGUUGUUGGGCGCUAACGCAUCUUUCCACAAGCAUUUAAGUCGCUCCUUAGGUGGGGAGGAAGGGGAAGCUAACCUCAGUAUGAUUGUCAAUGUGUCUUGCACUUCAGCUUGCACAGAUGAGGAGGAUGACAGUGAUCUACUGUCCAGCUCCACUAUCACAUUAACUGAGGAAGAGGAGGAGGAGUUUGAAGAGCAAAACUCUAGUUUGGGAAGUGAAGAUGAAGCUGAGGAUGGCACAGAACUACCCUUGGGGGCUGAUUUUAUCAGACGAGAGAUGCAGGCCUGGGUUAGACCCUCAUUCUUCCUUCCAAAAGAGAAGAGAAAAAUAAGCAGAAUAGUACAGGACAUGCCAGGGGCAUCGACGGAUAAAAAAGCUUUGCAAAGCUUUUUACAAAGACAUUGGGAGAACAAUGGGAAUGGAAAAGACUCAUGUAAGAAGGUGACAAAAACAGAACAGGAGAAAACGUUAUUUACCUCCCCUCAGCUAGUGGAUGAUAUGGAGAAUGGAAAUGUCAGUAAUAGGUUAGCUCCAGUUAAAAACUGUGCUAGCAAAGUAACAACACCAGAAAAGCAUAGCAAACCUGCGCCCCACCCAAUGAUAUCAAUAACCAAGACAGAGAAGCUUCAUCCACCUAGCAUGCCUGCUUUAGCAUAUCAUAAACCCAGAGAGCUCGGCCCACCAUUUAAUGGUAAAAGCAGCUUACGUGUGACUCGUGAUGCAGUUCUAGAUGUAGAAAUGCCAGACAGUAGUUCCUUGGCAUUAGGCAGCAGCCAAGAUACUACCUGUUCUUGCCAUGCUUCUUAUGAGAAGACUAAGAACCCAGACUGCAAUGUACAUGAAUUUGUGAAAGAAAUUCUUGAUAUGGCAUCCACAGUACUGCAUGGCUCAGUUCCACAGGAGAGACCAAGUCAUGUUACAGGGACACAGCUCAAGAAGAAGGUGCUGGAGCAUUCCCGUAAGCAGCUUGAAAGGGGUGACUUUAUUUCCUAUCUAUCUAUCUCUUCUCAUGACAGCGACUGUGGAGAGCUGAAUGGAUCUGUUCGUAGUGCAACCCCUCCAAUGUCAACUGAAGAGACUGGGGCUGGAGACAUGGAAGGCAUGUUUGAAACCUUUACAAAGGCCAAGGUAGAAGAGAAAUCUGCUGAUCUGAAAAGUUCCUCUAAUGGGACUUCCAAAAAACUGCAUCCAACAAAUGAGCUAGUGAAAACCAAUACACCCCGGUUAGGAAUCAAAGGGCCCCAAAACAAAACUAUCCUAAAAGUUUCUGGGCAUAAAUUUCAGGGUCAUUCAAAAAUAACUAAAGGAGCAAAUACCAAAAUUUCCAACAAAGCGUUGCCUGCUUCUGGAGAACUGCACUCAGACACAACUGGAAAGAUUUCUGUGAAGCAGACAGUCUCCAACCUCCCCAUCCUGCACAAAAGGGCGAGGGAACCGAAGAAUGUGGCCAGCACUUUAAAGAGUACAGAGUAUCAAAAGAAACAACCACAUGGACCCAAGAGCUACAAGGACCUUUGAAUGUUCACUCUCGGCUACGAGGAUACUUUCUCUGUAGGAGGUGAAUUUAGCAGUAUGGAGUGGACCUCCAUCUUUCUGAGCUUCCUCUUGAAUGUCAUUGGGAAACAGUCUUUUUUUUUUAAUGUUUUUUUUUUUUAAAUUAUAUAAAAUGAAGGAAAGCUCUUAUUAGACCUUUAAUGUUGUGUAGCAAGGUGCUCGCACUUCUGGAAGGUCGGUUUUGCAUUGCUUGCUUAUAUGUAAGCCCUAAAGAACUCAACAGUUGAUGUGUCUUAACAUGUCCUACAUGUGACAUAGCUCACUGGGAACAAUGCUUGAUUAAUUAAGCCCUACAAAUGAACAUUGUUGUGAGAGUGAUUAAACAGAAAUACCGUGGUUAAACAUAUAACAGUAAGGAAGAUUCAAGAGAAAUACUGAAGGAGAUAAGUAUGAGAAGGCAAGAACAUGGGUGUUUGUACAAAGGUUGGACAGACAUAUUUAGAAAGAGAGAGUUCUAGGCUGUUUUAAUGAGAUAGGAAAGUGAAGAAGUAUUCAAGAUAUGAAGAUAUUUUGAGUAGAGGGUAGAUGUGUUAGACAAUAUAUCACGUUUGAUGUAUGAACCUUGUUUCAUAUAGAGGCUAAUUUUACAUAUAUUAUUUUGCUUCUACUGUUGCAGGUGCCGGUGGCUCUGAUAAUUUUUAAUUGUCAAAUGCGCAAUGCUCUGUGUCAGUAUUUAUACUGGGAUGCCAAUAUUGUAGUAUACAUAUAGCAUUAACCAGCCAAACGGGCAGCUCCCUAGAUUACAAUUGAAGAUACCAUAGAAAAAAAGACAAUUGUAGUUAAGAUUUAAAUAACCAAGAGAAAAAUAAAGGAGGGAAAGCCAAGGUGGGGGUGGAUUAAGAGUAAUCUAUGUAAACUAAGCAAAUCUUAGGGAGAUCAUUUUGGAUCACAAACUACAUAUUGCCAAUUUCAAAAUAAUGCAGGCAAUGUUCCCUCUAAUUCCUUCUCAGCUAUGUAUACAAACAGUUUCUUUUAAACUUGUGUGCAGUUUUUAAAAACAGUGCACUCAGGUCAGAAUGUAAAAUUGUGUGUUUUUACACAAAAAUCUUUGUGUGCAUCCCAAUUUGUUAUGUGCACAGGCACAAGCGCACACCUUGGAGGGAACUUUAAAUGCCGGCAACCUUUACAUGAGGAUUGGCCAAUACAUACCCUGCUCAACUAUAUGAUACUAAUAGGAUUGUCAGUUUAGGUGAAGGGCAGGGAACUUUGAUCUACAACUCUCAUAAUUCUUAGACAGAAGAUAGGAUUUACAGCCAACAGUAGAGUCAAUGUUAAUAAGUAGAGUCAAAGUGAUAAAUUAAAAAGAUGAUAAAGUUGGAUGUGAUGCAGGCUUCUGGUGGUAGUGGAGGCUGAAGAGCUUUACGUUGCGUACCCUUCAAUUUUUUUAAUUGAAAUUUUACGGGUUAUUGUUAGGAAAGGGUCUUUGUAAUCAGUCUCAGAUACUGGGGUCCCUGGAGUGUGAUGUAGAGCCAGCCAGGAUGCAGCUAAAAGAUAAAGAAGGUGAUAGAAAUUGAAGAAUGUGAAAGAUAAAAAGACUGUAAUGCUCUAACAGUGCUGAAUAUGCAAUUAAUUUAGUAGUGACAAUGGAACCUGUAACUGAAGCAUGUCCGGGAAUGUGCAGGGUUAAACCCUGCCCUGCAAGACGAAAAUUUGAUGUUUGGUUGUUUUAAGGUUAAGUCAUGCCAAGAGCAGUUUGGCUAUACAAAUAGUCUAUGGCAUGACUUAUGCAGAUGAAUAUCUGGGCUUCAAGAAAGAUUUCAAGAAUUUGCCAAACAAAAGCCAAUAGUAUUCUAAUCCUAUGGUCACUCUAAGUGCUACAGGAAAUUCUUUUUAAGUUGUCUGCCUUGGAGUUACAGAAACUGUCCUAUUAAAGCACAUAGUGUGUCAUAAAAUCCUGACAUUUCUUCAUAGAACUUGAUCUACUCCUCUAUAUAACCCAGUGACUCCCAAACUGUUGGACUGCACCUGCACCUGCAACUGUUGGACUGGAGCACUAGCAAAGGCAACUCAGCAUGGAGGCUAGUUGUGUGAUUGCUAUUUUCUCUACUAGAUACAUUUGGAAGCCCAGCUUGAAGAUCAUUUACAGUCAAAUUGGUGAGACACCAACAUAGCUCUAUAUUGUACUCAUUUCCUAAGCUAGGGGUGGUCCUGACUAAAGCCACUCCUAGUAACCGCAAAAGCCAAAAUUCCAAUUUUUAAAUUGGAAUUUCGACUCUUCUAGUGCAGAAAGCAACUGCGCUCUAUGCACUAGUGGUGCAGCCCCCCUUAUCAGAGAUCCAACACUGUAAAGUUAAGCGGGACGGGGAGGGCAGCACCGCUACGGCUGCCUCAGGUGGCCACAGGGCACAGUCCUUCAUUGUGUUGGGUACCCGCGGAAUACCUGCAAAGUUGUUCUCGUUUCAGGCAAAAAGUCCCCAAUUACCUGGGUGUGCGGGCAAUCUGUGUGUAACCCGGCUGGGUACCCAACAGAGGUGCGGGCUUGUUCCCUCCCACCCACCCCUGUGGUUCUGGUAGUUUUUUCUAUUAUUGUGCAGAUUCAGCACCGGAGUGACAUCACUUCCAGGCCAAAGUGAUAUCACUUCUAGAUACGCGUGUCGGUUUUGGGUAGAGGAUCAGUGGGGGAAAAUUGAAGUUUGCAGGUUUGGAGUGCAGGUCACAGGUAACGGGUAUGGGUCGGUUACAGCUAUAAGAAAAUCGACUCAUGCAGGACUCUACCGCAGGGUCCAAAACAAGAAGUUUAACGACCACUGCAUCAGCAAUUCUACAGCUUUUUAAAUAGGCUUAAUAUUGUUAACUUUCAAUAUUGUUAAUAUUUCAAAUGAGAUGUUUCAAAUCCAUAAAGUUUGGAUUUGACUUAAUAAUGAAAUUACAAAAUGCCAUUAUGUGUAAACAUAAACGUGUCACUACUAGUUGUUCAAAGCACUAAAGCUUUAGCCCACCCAAUAGCAUUGAGAAAAGAGACCUAUAGUAUGUGCAUGUUCCUGCAUUCUAGCACUUCUGUGAAUUACUGCACAGGUAAUGUAUGAUACAUAUGCACAGUGAAAGGGUUUGGUUAUGAUUUGGUUUGCUUUGAUUUAAAGUGUGAUUUCUCCCAGAUAAUGCAGAAUCCUUUACAAUCAAGGUUAUUCAUGGUCAUCAAAGGGACUUCCUUGUCCUGAGCAGCUGACACGGGUAUUUUAAACAUAUUUCUCCAUAUCUGGAGUUAGGAAUUUAAAGUGGAACUAACCUCCCUCAUAUUUAACCUGCAUCACCCACUAAAUAAAAGUCCAUGAAUCCCUCAGACCUUGUUCCCUAGUAGGGUUGCCUUAGAAAACAACCAUACUUCUUAUAUUUUUAUAUUUGUUCCCUAUUAAUAACAUUGUCACCAAGCAUUAUUUUUACCAACCAGAUGGCAACCCUUGCCAAGUGCAGAUCUUUGCCGCAGGUUAAGCGACCUUAUCGGGACAAUAAAUAAAUCAUAGAGCAAUUGUAUGCUUAUGCUCCAUCAAA